UUUUGUUAUAGGACAGAGAGAGGGGCAGCCCAAACCCCGCAAACCUGCCUAUUCUAAAUGGGUUCUGCCAUCUGCCGCAUCAAUAUAAAACACAUGAGACUUUAAUGGGAAGGAUCUUUAAUAAAACUAGGAAACAAUACAGGCAACAGGACUGCUUUGGAAGAUGGAACUCUUUGUCCGUUUUCCAGAAUGUGUUUCCAAGCCCAUCAGUGGAACAUGACACUGCUACUCUGUGUUGAAAUGCUUCCGGAGCACCUGCCCCUCUGCCGGCGCCUUCCAUCCUACAGAAACCAUGGUCUUCUCCCCAGCGUUGACUGCGUCCCAUACCAGGGCGUCCAACACGACGUUUGUAGUCUAUGAAAACGCAUACGUGAAUAUGACGGUCCCUCCACCAUUGCAGCACCCCAGCAUUGGCCCGCUUCUUAGAUACAGUUUUGAAACCGUGGCUCCCACUGGGAUGAGUUCCUUGACAGGGAAUAGCACAGCUGUGACGCCAACACCAGCAGUUUUUAAGAGCCUGAACUUGCCUCUCCAGAUUAUUCUUUCUGCUGUCAUGAUAUUUAUUCUGUUUGUGUCUUUUCUGGGGAACUUGGUUGUUUGCCUCAUGGUUUACCAAAAAGCUGCCAUGCGAUCUGCAAUUAACAUCCUCCUUGCCAGCCUGGCAUUUGCUGAUAUGUUACUUGCAGUUCUGAACAUGCCCUUUGCCUUGGUAACUAUUCUUACUACCAGAUGGAUUUUUGGGAAAUUCUUCUGUAGGGUAUCUGCUAUGUUUUUCUGGUUGUUUGUGAUAGAAGGAGUAGCCAUCCUGCUCAUCAUUAGCAUUGAUAGGUUCCUUAUUAUAGUGCAGAAGCAAGAUAAGCUAAAUCCAUACAGGGCUAAGGUUCUAAUUGCAGUUUCUUGGGCAACUUCCUUUUGUAUAGCUCUUCCUUUGGCUGUAGGAAACCCUGAACUGCAGAUACCUUCCCGAGCCCCCCAGUGCGUGUUUGGGUACACAACCAAUCCAGGAUACCAGGCUUAUGUGAUUUUGAUUUCUCUCAUUUCUUUCUUCAUACCCUUUCUGGUGAUACUGUAUUCAUUUAUGGGCAUACUCAAUACCCUUCGGCAUAACGCCUUGAGGAUCCAUAGCUACCCUGAGGGCAUUUGCCUCAGCCAGGCCAGCAAGCUGGGUCUCAUGAGUCUACAGAGACCCUUUCAGAUGAGCAUUGACAUGGGCUUUAAAACGCGUGCCUUCACCACUAUUUUGAUUCUCUUUGCUGUCUUCAUUGUCUGCUGGGCCCCGUUCACCACUUACAGCCUUGUGGCAACAUUCAGUCAGCACUUUUACUACAAGCACAACUUUUUUGAGAUUAGCACCUGGCUACUCUGGCUCUGCUACCUCAAGUCUGCAUUGAACCCACUGAUCUACUACUGGAGGAUUAAGAAAUUCCAUGACGCCUGCCUGGACAUGAUGCCUAAGUCCUUCAAGUUUUUGCCGCGGCUCCCAGGUCACACAAGACGUCGGAUUCGCCCCAGUGCUGUCUACGUAUGUGCAGAACAUCGGACCGUGGUGUGAUUGUCAGAACAGCCUGACGUUUUGGGUGGUGGUUGUUCUUUAUCUGACUUUGAAUUUUCUUUCACAUUGCUUCUCCACUUACACUUUAUUGUUUUUCAGAGGAUGUGUGUAUGUGUGUGUGCAAUGUAAAGAAAGAAUGGUGAUUACUUAUAAUUCUGUUACCAGGGAUACACAUUAGGGAAGUGAUCACAAAUGUUACCUCCAGGGUUCAAGAGAAAUACUCUAUUUAGGGUAUGGAGAUUUUUUUGUUUGUUUGUUUCUUUGGUUAAUUAGUUUUUAUGGUAGGAGUUAGGAUUGUGCUUUAUUGACCCUGCAGUUACAAUGAAUUGUAGGUGUUUCGUUUGCUGCUAAGUAUGAUUAUUGAGUUUAUCAAUUUUUUUUUUUCCUGGAAAACACUGCUGCUUUUUACCAUCACAUUGGAGCCAAAAACCACAUACAUCUCAGUAGAUAAAUAUUUAGUUUUAUUAAAAAAAAAAAAACCCAAGGGAGUUAGUGACAUUUUAAAGAUCGUUAAGAUUUACUUUGGUGCACUUUAAGAAACAAUGUACGAACUAAUUCAGAAGUCAUGUUUUUCAGAAUUAUUUUUAUACAUGACAUGUGCUUUAGGGAGCAUUGCAUUAUAAUUUCUAGGAAAAUAGUUUUUUUUUAAAUGUUUUAUCCGCAUAUACAAUUUUAAGGAGAAAACAUAAAAAUGUGGAAAAUUUUCUAAGCACAAUAGUGAUAUUUAGAGCAAUAGGGCAAAGUGGAGGAGAAAGCGCACCCUUGAACAUUUGAAUGGGAUUUAGUGAGAGGAUGACUGGUGUAGGCCGUGGUGAUGCUUUUAACUUGAGAAUUCUUGCUGAGUCUGUUGGGGAGAAGGGUGUACCAUUUACUGUAUAUACUGCAUAAUUUUAUCCUCACAGCAUCCUGUGAGGUACGUAUUAUUUCUUCCUUCUUACAGAUGAAGAAAACAAGUCUCAGAGAGACUAAGAAUCUGCCCAAGACUGUGGUAGAGCUGGGAUCCAAAAAUCUGUCAAAGUCCAGAGACUUUGUGUUCUGCUGUGCCACACAGACACCUCAGUUAGGUUUAGAUGUUUUAUAGUCAAGCAUGAAUUCUGUACUCUUUAGUUUUUUUUUAGACUAAACUCUUCUUUUAAAAAGUAUCUUUUUUAUUACCAUAAGAGAAAGGAAGUUUGGAACAUGGAAAAGAAAAAAAUAAAAUCACAACCACCUUUAUCAAGUAGAACUUGGCAAGCUUAGAUAAAUAAGACUAUAAAAAACAAGGCGAUUUUUUUGGUUUGCAAAACAAGUAACAAUUAUUGAGAGGUUAAAUAAACUCUAUAUAGGUCUUGGCUUUGUGCAUUUGGAGGUUUCCAGUAGUCUAGCUGUUUUUCUAAAUGUUCUGGGCGGAACAUCAUUGUUGUCAAGGUGUUUGCCCAUAAAACAGCUGGAGUCUAUAAAUGUGCUCAGAAGCACGUUUCCUAAGAAAAAGCAAAGAUAUGCCCUGGUCCAAGUAGAUAGCAAGUUUUAAUGGGGCAGGUCUGGGAUUUUUAAAUUAUUUUUUCUCUCACUGAUAAUCUUGGAGGUGCCUUCUCUCUGUAACCACUGGCACAUUUUAUAAAACAGCCAACAGAGAUGGAGCUGCAGACUGACACCAUAAGGACUGGAAGCGUGGCCCUUUGAUUACAAAAUGGGCUUUAGAAAUACGUAAAUUAAUCAUGAACACUUUAGAAUUAGAGCAUCUUUUCAGAAUUUGAGUCCUUUGAGAGCCAAUGGGAAAAAUAGUAGCUUCUGUUUCUUCAGUUGUACAACCAGGGAGUUGGGUUAGAUGAAUCUUCAAGGUCUUGUCCAACUCUAAUGUGUUUUCUUCCAUGUGAGAGUUGAGAAUUUUGAAGAGUCUAGCUGAUACCAGCACCACUCUUUGGUCUCCAGUAUUAUUUCUUUAUGUUUUUACUUCAUUGGCUAUAUCUUAAAAUUGAAUGUCUGAGGAGCACAUGGGAGGGUAUCAGGAGUUAGGACUUUGGAAGUAUGAUGACACCACUAAAGACCCGGGAAAUUCUGCUUGUAAGCACUUGUAACGGUGUUAGAACUCGUUUUCCAAUUAAGGAACUCUUUUGGGGACUCACGCAUAUUAUUCAACAUGUUUUGUAAUCAUCUGAUGAUGAUAGUCACCUACCUCUGGUUUCUAAUUUAUAUUAGUCACAGGUAAUAUUGUUUUUGUCCAUAGAAAUCCUGUAGAACAUAAACACUGUGGUAUAUACUAGUGGCAAAAUGAAGUGUAUUAUGCUUUCCAUUUUCACCAUCAACUGGAUUUCAAGCAGAUGUUAAUAAGUGUAUUUGAAGUUAGACUUUCUCUAAGGAAAGUCAGCAUGAUCUGUAUUCCUUGUAGGUAGUGGCGGUAGGCUUUGAGAGUUGUUUUGGGUUUGGGGAUGAACCUGAGUUUUGUUUUCUUUUGUGCUGUUUUUAUGAGCAAUCCUUAGGUAUUUUUGUGGUGCUUGGUUGGCAGUGCAUGAUUUGGUGGGAGCACUGGAGCGCCUGUUGAGAUUCUCGUUGUUUGCGAAAGGAGACCAUGAGGGGCCUUUGUGAGAAUUCAGUAACAACACUGAACAGCAGUUCUCUUUUACACUGGAUAAUCUUGAUCCAACGACAGUUUACAAAUCACUUUGAACACACAUUUCGAAAGCUUUACAAAAAAAGUACUAUGGUAUACCUUUGAAAAAUUUAGGUGCAGAAUCAUAUGUUGCCUCUUCCUCUGUAUUUUCUUAAGGGGAAAAAAAAGACCACUACUAAUUAUCACUGCUGACUGACAAAUCAGAGAUGUUUUUGUUUUAUAUCUUCUGGCUAAUUAAGAAGCAUGGAAGAGAUAGUGAAAUAUUUGUGGUCAAAGGAAAUCCCAAGUAGCCUGGAGUAGUGAUAUUUAAGCUUUGAUAUGAGUAUGUGUCUAAGUAUUCCCAGGGGAGCUUGUUAACCGUACAAGUCCCCAGGGUGCCUAGAGGGUCUGGGCUUGGAACCAGGGAUGCACACUUGUUGAGCACUCUGCCUGAUCCAGGUCCCUGGGGCAUACUUUAAGAAAUGUUCCUGUAACCCACUUUAAAUACUGACUGUUUUAUCCAAAAUUGUUUGUGUUGGAAGCCAUUAUUUCCUAGUGCAUGGGUAAUCCACAUCAAGAGGAAAAUCUAUUUAUCAUUGUGCCUCAUUUGCUGCCAUGUGUGUUAGUGCUGGGUCUUGCCAGUGUUAGUUGUACCCCCUUUCAACUGGCAAAAUUCUGAUAAACCAUGUAGUUUCAAGUAGAGCAAAAAGCUACUUAAUAUUUGAAAAUCUUGACUCUCAGGAGCCUAAUUUCUCUAAUACCUUCUUUUCUCCUAUAUAUAUAACCUCCUGAAGAGUGUGAAGGGAAUGUAAAGUGUCACCUAAUUCCUAUUGCUCUGCUUAUUCGGUUGUGUUCAAUGGAAGCAUGAAGAAAAUAAAAUAAUCUUUUGAAUCUAUGUAUUUCUGUUACUGAGAAAGAUAUUUAAUUUUUUUGUGAUCUUUGCUUUUGUUUACAUGAAAAUAUGUGUGUA